AUGUCGACCAGUCCGGAAACCAUUCGCAUCCUGGUCUCAACUGACAACCAUGUUGGGUACAACGAGCGGGAUCCUAUUCGUGGAGAUGACAGCUGGAAGAGCUUCCACGAGGUCAUGUGUCUGGCCAGGGAACGCGAUGUCGAUAUGGUCUUGCUCGCCGGCGACCUCUUUCAUGAGAACAAGCCGUCUCGCAAAUCCAUGUACCAGGUGAUGCGCUCGAUCCGGAUGAACUGUUUCGGCGACAAACCCUGCGAGUUGGAGAUGCUCAGCGAUGCCAGCGAGACCUUUCAAGGUGCAUUCAAUCAUGUCAACUAUGAGGACCUUGACAUGAAUAUUGCCAUCCCAAUCUUUUCCAUUCAUGGAAACCACGAUGACCCCUCGGGUGAAGGUCACCUAGCUGCGUUGGAUCUUUUGCAGGUCUCGGGCUUACUCAACUACUACGGGCGAACUCCCGAGUCAGACAAUAUCGAAAUUAAACCUGUCUUACUGCAAAAAGGCCGCACCAAAUUAGCUCUCUACGGCAUGAGCAAUGUACGUGAUGAGCGCUUGUUCCGCACUUUUCGGGACGGCAAAGUCAAAUUCUUCCAGCCGUCUGUGCAAAAGAGCGACUGGUUUAAUUUGAUGUCCGUGCAUCAGAACCACCACGCAUACACCGAGACUGGCUAUUUGCCAGAAAAUUUUCUACCCGAGUUCAUGGACUUGGUCGUCUGGGGUCACGAACACGAGUGUUUGAUCAACCCAAAGCUCAAUCCAGAGACCAAGUUUCACGUCAUGCAGCCCGGUUCUUCAGUUGCGACCUCGCUGGUCCCCGGUGAGGCUGUGACAAAACAAGUGGCUAUAGUGAGUAUCACUGGCCGCGAAUUCAAGUGUGAGCCUAUUCGAUUGAAAUCAGUCCGUCCUUUCGUCAUGCGAGAAAUUGUUUUGUCGGAAGAGAAGGGCGCACAAAAAUUUGCUCGGAAGGAGGGCAAUCGGACAGAAGUGACCCGAUUUCUGAUGUCAAUCGUUGAGGAAUUGAUUGAAGAGGCCAAUGCGGAAUGGCGUGAAACCCAAGGUGUCCAGAACGAAGAAGAUGAAGAUGACGACGAAGAGCCUCGCGAACCGCCUCUACCCUUGGUACGGCUUCGUGUCGAGAUAUCUACACCCGAGGGUGGAACUUUUGAGUGUGAGAAUCCGCAGCGAUUUUCAAAUCGAUUUGUGGGCAAGGUCGCAAACGUUAAUGACGUUGUGCAAUUCCAUCGAAAGAAGAAGAGCGCUUCUUCUCGAAAGACUGAUACCGCAGUUGAUGAAGCUGCAGCUUCGCGCCUAGCUGCGUUGGAUACUGUUAAGGUUGAGCAGCUAGUCCGGGAAUACCUCGCAUCGCAAUCUUUGAGCAUCCUUCCACAGAACUCCUUCGGCGAUGCCGUGGCUCAAUUCAUUGACAAAGACGAUAAGCAUGCAAUGGAAAUGUUUGUCAACGACUCCCUCGAGGGUCAAGUUAAGCACCUGAUGAGCCUGGACCGAGAUGAAGAUGAUGUGGAUGACGAAGAACGAGCCCAUAGCUCUCUUGUCAACGCCAUGGAGAAAUACCGCACCCAGAUGGAAGACAUGUUUAACAAGGGAGUGAAGAAACGCACUCGGGGCAAGAAACGAUUCAAGCCAAAGCCAGACGGUUGGGAUACCGAGUUUGAUGGUGAAUGGGAGGAUCAACCCGGUGCUCUUAUUCAUUCCGAUAACGAGGGUGGAGACCCUGCGGAAGAAGAGGCUGGGGAAGAUGGCUCAGCACCUGCACGCAGGGUCACCACCACUACUACCACAGUCUCUGCUCGAGGCCGGGCAACGAAGACUACUACUUCAACUAAGGGACGCAAAAAGAAAGCCAUCUCGGAAGAUGAAUCGGAGGAUGUCAUCAUGCUGGAUGACAAUGACGAUGACGAGGUGAACGCCAAUAUCAUAUCUGAAGACGAUGAUGACUCGCAGGCCUUGUUCGUGAAGCAACCUCGUGCCGCAACUGCUUCAAGAGGACGCAAAUCCACGACCACGACGUCAACUCGAGGUCGUGGCAGUCGUGCGGCCGCUUCGCCAGCCCCGUCAUCGGCUACUGUUGGCGGUACUGCUUCACGCCGAGGCACUACUCGAGGUGUCAAACCAACUCAGACGACCCUUGAUUUCACUGCCUCCCAAGCUAGCUCGGCGCGUUCAACACGGGCCUCUCGCACAACUCGUAACGUCAGUGUCAUUAGCGAUGGCAUUGACGACGACGAUGAUGACGACGAUGCCUUUGAACCAAUGAGUACUUCUACCUCACGCCGGCGGCGGUGA